GUUAUUCACCUGGCAAGAGAAUUGGAACUUGGUGGUCAUGUGCAGUAUAGAUGGAUGUAUCUGUAUGAGCGGUAUAUGUUCCAUUUGAAGAAGAUGGUGAAAAAUUUAAGUAGGGUGGAAGGUUCUAUAGUCGCACAGAUGAUCAAUGAAGAAACUUCAAACUUUGCCGAGUACUACUUUCCAGCAGAAGUUCAGACCAAAAACAGAAGACCUGUUCUGCAUGAUGAUAGAGGAAAACGGGCAACAUAUCCUGUUACGGUUUCAGACAUUUUCACAGACGUUGGGCGACUUAGCGGAAAACCAAAGGACCGUCGACUUACUGAGCAGGAGCGCAGUCAUUUGCAAACAUAUUUGCUCACCAACUGCGAAGAUGUUCUUCAAUAUGAGAGGAUUUUCAUGGCAGAAAAGCUGUUCGAAUAUAGAUACGCCACAGAGGACGAACUAGAAGAAAUGAAGCAGAGAGAUUUUGCUAGAUGGAUGUUUAUUUAUGUGAGUGCUUUAAACAAAUUAAAAUAUCAUUUAUCACAUAUUUAUACUAAUUCACAUUUAUUGAUAUAACAUAUAUAUGUGCUAUUAAUAGGUGUCUGCUGGUUUGGCCAGAGGUGAAACAUUUGACGAUUGGAUACGCGAGAUGGUCGUUGGACCAAACUU